AUGGCGGGGAUCACCGCGAGAUUGAUUUCCUUGAAGUUGCCGAUCUAUUUCUUAGAAUUCUUUCGCAGCCAAUCAGUCACAGCCACACAUCAUCCCACCGCGAAUUCACCUGCCGUGUGCCCAUCUGACCUUCCCGCGUCAACGUGCGCUGCCGCGCCCGCGUCCCCCUCAUCCGCUUCUCCUCGCGCAGAUGGCGCAUCCGCAGCUCCGCCCCACGGUCCGUCCCCCCCCACUGGUUCCGCCGCACCUUUCCCGCGCAUCCCCCCCGACUCUCCCCCUUCCAGCGGGUCUCCCCCUCUCCGCCUCCCCGUGCUGUGGAUGGCGCCGUUUCUCUCCGCGGGGGGGUAUUCCUCCGAAGCCGUCGCGUUCGCUGCGUCGCUCGCCGCGUCCCCGCGGUCGCCGCCGUUGAAGAUAAAGCAGCACGGGGACGGCAACAAUUGGGAGUUUAUUUCCGGGCUGCCCGACUCCACGGUUCGAACGCUUCAAGAACUUUUUGAGGGCACCACAGGAGCAGCAGUGCGAGGGAAAGCGGAGGAGGGAGUGGGAGGAGAAGAGGAGAUGGAGUAUGGUAGAGAGGCGGACGGAAUGGGGGAAUGGGAGAGUCUGUGGCGUGCGGGAAGAGGAAGAAGAGCAGGGAGGACGGUAGGAGAGGGAGGGGAAACAGCAGAUGGAAGUGAAGCAGGUGCGGCAGAGGAACAAGAUAGCAGCAGCAGCAGGAGAGGCAGCCUAGUGCACGGGAUUAUCAUCUGCCACAGCGAGCCAGGCGCAUGGGCACCGCCCCUCUUCCAAACCCCUCCCUGCCCGCCGGCCUCCCUGCAGGCGUCCGCGUUCCUGGUGGGGCGCACCAUGUUUGAGACGGACCGAGUCACGCCCACACACGUGCAGCGCUGCAACCGCAUGCACCAGGUGUGGGUGCCCUCCGCCUUCCACCUGCACUCCUUUGCUGCCAGCGGCGUGCUCCCCUCCAAGCUCCGCGUGCUGCCUCAGCCUGUUGAUGUGCGCGCCUUCCACCCGCCUGCCCUCUCCCCCGCCCUCCGCCCCGCCCUCCCUCCUGCUGAGCUUGUUCUCGGCCCAGACCGGCUGGCAGCUGCACGUGACGGUGAUGGGGAGAUGGGGGAUCAAGGGAAGGAUGAGGAGGGAGGGCUGGAUGAUGAGAGUGAUGCGGGGAGAAGUGGGAGUGGGGAUGGGGGUCGGGGCGACUGGUGUGGUGAAGGUGGCGGCAUGAUUGAGGAUGGUGGCAUGCAAAAUGACGGGUUGUCGGCGCCAGGAGGAGAGGGCGGUGGGAGUGGCACGCGGCCAUUUGUGUUUCUGAGCAUGUUCAAGUGGGAGCAGAGGAAGGGGUGGGACGUGCUGCUGAGGGCCUACCUGUCCACGUUCACUGCAUCGGACCCUGUGCUGCUCUACCUCGUCACCAACGCCUACCACACCGACUCCCACUUUGCAGCCAAGAUAGCCUCCUUUCUCCACUCUGCUAACGUUUCUGAACCACCAGAGGGCUGGCCGUCGCUCUAUGUGCGCUCGGAGCAUGUGGCGCAAUCUGAUUUGCCCAACGUUUUUCGGGCAGCGGAUUGUUUUGUCUUGCCCACGAGAGGGGAGGGAUGGGGCCGGCCAAUCGUGGAAGCCAUGGCAUCAGGGCUGCCGGUGAUUGCUACUAACUGGUCCGGCAUAACAGAGUAUUUGAACGAGGAGAAUGGGUACCCACUACCUGUAGACCAUCUCUCAGAGGUUCCCGAUGGGCCAUUUCAAGGCCAUUUGUGGGCGGAGCCGUCUGUUUCAGAGCUCUGCAAGUUGAUGCGAGGAGUGUUGCCUGAUAGGGCAGGUGGAAGGAGGAAGGGGUGUGCAGCUCGCAGGGACAUGGUUGAGAGAUAUGCUCCAGAGAAAGUUGCAGCAGCGUUGAUUGACCUCCUUGGGGAGGUGGAGGCUAGCACUCAACAUAAUCAUUUUCACGUUGCUUAA